CUGUCACCCACCUCACUUCAGCCCAGCUGAGCACAACCAGGAGAGAAGGGUUUAGUGCAUGCACAGGGACUCUAUGAUCAAGCAGCGGGCCCAGAAAGCUCCCGCUGGGCACCACAGGCACUGUGAGCGMUGUUUCAGCCGGCACUGCCGCGCUCCCGUUGAGAUCUCCGUGUCGUGCCUGGUGAUCAGCUGCCGCCUGCACUGCGGGGCCACCUUCCACAUGUGCAAGGAGGAGGAGCACAGGUUACUUUGCCCCUUGGAGCAGGUGUCCUGCCUCAACUCAGCCUAUGGCUGUCCCUUCUCCAUGGCCCGUUUCAAGCUGGGGAAACACCUCCAGGUCUGUCCAGCCAGCGUUGUGUGCUGCUCCAUGGAGUGGAAUCGCUGGCCAAACGUGGAUUCAGACACAACUCUGCACAAGAAUAUUAUGAAAGAGACCUUGAGUGAAGAAUGUCUGGACACAGCUUUGGCACUCAGAGAUCAGAAGAUACUUUUCAGGACUUUGAAAGUAGCKGAAUUAUUUCCAGAGUGGAGGAAAAAGGAUGAACUGGAAGAAUUAAUGGAUGAAGCCAUGGGUGGUGAGGCAGGUGCUGUGGGAGGAGCUGCCUGUGGUUCCCAAGAGGGCAGUGAACAGUUGUCUGAGCUCAGCCAACGUGAACGGGAAAAUUUGGCAAAGGACAAAGAGGGAAUGGAUCUGGGGAGUUACAAAACCUGGGAGAACAUUUUCAGCAAAGAGCUUCUGGCUUGCCAGGURACGGGCUCAGCAACCAGCACAGGACAAAAGGUGGAGGAGGCUUCCAAGAAAACACCAUCAGCCUCUCAUGCUGAUAGCUCCACACAGAAGACAAAGGAAGGACCUGAUGGUGCAGAAGAGGGAAAGAGCCAAAAGUCUGAACAGGUAACACCGAGUAGAGAACUGAAUGGACUGGCUCCCUGGCAGGAGGGGGUCCUGGAGAGGCUGAAGAAGGAAGUUGGUGUCGCUGAUUACAACAUGUACCUGGUACAUCAYGGGGGAAUGCUGAUCCGCUUUGGCCAGAUGGCUGCUUGCACYCCUCGAGAAAAGGACUUUGUCUAUGGCAACUUGGAAGCCCAGGAGGUGAAGACUGUCUACACCUUCAAAGUGCCAGUUAGUUACUGUGGCAAAAGAGCAAGGCUAGGAGAUGCACUGGGACACAAGAUGCCAACUUCAGACAAGUCAGUGGAUACCUCAGAACUGGGAAUAAACCUAGAAGAGCUACCUAAGACAAACAUAGUUGAAGCCACGCUGCUGUGUGCUCUGGAAAAAGAGCUGAAAGGCCAUGAGAUCUCCGAAGCGAGAGGUAUCGAUGGRCUCUUUGUGGAUUUUGCAACACAGACAUACAGCUUUCCUUUGGAGCCCUUCUCCUCCAGCGCAGCUCUAGCAGAUAUUCUGGAUGAAACCAGCCCACCAGAGCUCCACAUGGAGCUCUACACUGAGUGUGUGACCAGAAGACACAACAAAAGCAGUUCAGCUUUCACCUUCACUUGCAGUCAUUUCUUCAGGAGGGACGAGUUCCCAUCCCACUUCAAGAACGUGCACGCUGAUAUCCAGUCWUGCCUGAAUGGAUGGUUCCAGCAACGCUGCCCACUCUCCUACUUGGGAUGUCCUUUUGUUCAAAAUCACUUCCGCCCUGAGGGCCUUAAGGCCAAGGUUAUUUACAGCAAGCCUCUCAAGACAUUUGCUAUUAAACCAGAGGUGGACACCCUUCUUUCUGAGCCAGGAAAGUGCAAUUCCAUAGUGGAUAGUCGAGGGAGAAAUAAGGACUUGCUGAGCAGCCUCCCAGUGGAAGUGCUCAAGUAYAUUGCAGGAUUCCUGGACAGCUUCAGUUUAUCUCAGCUAUCACAAGUGUCAGUGCUCAUGAGGGACAUCUGUGCUACUCUUCUUCAAGAGAGGGGAAUGGUCCUGCUGGUCUGGGAGAAGAAAAGAUAUUCCCAUGGUGGUACUGCGUGGAAAGCUCGCAAAAAGAUGUGGCAGUUCAGCAGCCUGUUCUCCAGAGUUCACAAGUGGCAGCGUAACGAUGUCCCCAGCAUGGCAGAACAUCUGAAGAAUUGUCCUUUCUACCAGGUGGAGCCCAGGACAGAGCCCGUGCUGCUGACAGGAAUGUGUGAAUCUCGGGAGCACACUCCAAAGACUUUGGUCUCCACUUUCAAGCACAGAGUCUGAACAACUUGCUGCCCCCCUUCAGGGUGCCUGAGAUGAAGAUUUGGGAAUUUAGGUGUAAAGAUUGUUGCUUCCAACUCUCCUCCAGACGUACAAAAUUUGUUUCUCCCUGGCUGCAUUUGAAACAUCUGCUUUUUUUUUUUUUUCCUGCAUUAAUUUGUUAAAACUUCAUCCACUGCUUACUAACAUCACAUGCUUUUUUUUUCUGUUCCUGGUUUAAACAGCAUCUUGAG